AUGAGUACUUCAACAUUACCAUUCUAUCAAGUAGACGUAUUCUCUUCUGAACCAUACAAAGGCAAUCCAGUCGCAGUAACGAUCAUUGAAGAUGAAAGCAUAGCAGAAAGAUUACAAGAUGGUGAUCAUAUGGCACGUUUUGCAAGAUGGACAAAUCUGUCAGAAACAACAUUCAUACUACCACCAACAAAACAAGAUGAACCAGAAGUAGAUUAUACAUUACGAAUCUUUACACCAGGGAUGGAGUUACCUUUUGCAGGUCAUCCUACUUUGGGAAGCUGCAGGGCAUGGCUAGAACAUGGAGGCAAACCCAAACAAGCUGGAGUGGUGGUACAAAAGUGUGGAUUAGGAUUGAUCUACAUUCGCAUCUCUGAAGAUGGUCAAUUGCUAUCAUUCUCCACGCCUCCACUACGUAAAUCUGGACCGGCAUCUUUGCAAGAAAUCACACCUUUCCUCAAAGCGAUGGAUUUACCGGCAGAAGAUGUUUUGGAAGCAGAAUGGAUCGUAAAUGGACCGGAAUGGUGUGCACUGCGAUUGCGUGAUGCAAAAGCAGUCUUGAAUGUAAACGUGUCCGAUCCCAGUGCAGCCGGGAAAGGUAUGUGGGGUAUCUUGGGUUCUUAUAAGCCUGGCCAACAUCCUGACGGCGCUACAUUAGAAGUGAGAACAUUUGCACCGGGAGAUGGUAUACUUGAGGAUCCAGUUACGGGAAGCUUUAGCGCCGGUCUUGGAGAAUGGUUCAGGAAUACGAAACCUGCCGAGGCGGUAAAAGAUGAUAGAUUAUCAUUCAUUGUUGCACAAGGAACAUGCUUAGAUCGAUCUGGAAGGUUGUACAUCAAACAGGAAGAUGACGGAAAGAUUUGGGUUGGUGGUCGUACACUCGUUUGCAUCAAGGGCAAUGUUGUACUGCCGUGA